GUAGUUUCUGGCUUUGCUCAGAAAGAUCCGUUUUUGAUUCAUCCAUCCUGAGAAUAUUGUUCAGGAAAUCUACAGGAUCAUCCAGGCUGUCUUUUUGCAAACUUUAUACAAGCUCUUCUUGGAGCGCUAGGGUUUGCUCUUUGCAGGAGCUUCCACUAACCCCAUUGGCUUGCAGCUUGCAUAUUGUUGAGGUGUGAACACUGACAUCAGCUGCAGCAAGGCAGCCCUGCAGACCCUUAGAUGUGGUGCAGAGGUUCUCCAGUCUGAUUGUUCUUGCUGCUUUGUGGGACCAUUUUGAAGGUCGUUCGCAUUUAUGUACAUCAGGGCUGCCCAGCCCUGUCCCUGGACAUCUGCCAUCCUGUAGGUUUUCACUCAAACCCUAACAAAGCACACCUCACUCAACAUAUAGAGAUCAUGCUGAGGUGCUAAUUAGCGGAAUCGGGUUUGCUAAAAUAAGGUUAAAAUGAAAACUACGGGACAGUGGGGGCUCUUUCCAAUUGCAUAUUAUACUUUCUUGCAUCCUUUCCGUGUGUCCUUUCUUCGCUUCCUUAGCUCCACCCAACAGGAUGCAUGGAAAGGAUGAAAGAAUGUAGGAAUGGAGGAAGCGUGUAUUAGGCAAAUGGAAUGUCCUUGUUUAGUCAAGCAUCAGUUUGAACCCACGUCAGUUACAGUUAUGGCAGAUGGGGAGACGUGAAUCCACAGGUUUAUCAUUUAUCACAUCACACGUUCCAAAAAAUUACUUCCACAGAGGAUGCACUCGUAUUUCCUUGCUCAAGCAUCCUUCAGGAGCCUCCUAGCUACUUCAAGGAAUAUUUGACGGUUUGGAAUGUCCUUAAAAGAUGGUGGACCUUUAUCGAUUUCCGGGUCAGGCGAGGACCGAGGAGACGAUGGAUAAAAUAAGCCCUAGAUCUCCGGGAACGGGCUUGCAGGCUUGGACAGCCCUGAUAUAUGUCACUGUGGCCUUAAAUCAGUGGUCCUCAGUCCUGCCUGGAGAGCCGCGGGGUCCGCUGGCUUUCACUGCUGCUCAGCACAGCGCAGCAAUUGAUCAGUUAAAGCGGUUGAUUACAAAGCUAACUCAAGUCACCUGGGGCCUGCAUCAUGAUGCAGGAUUACUGAGUUAAACCCAGAACAGCUUUUUACUUCAGACCAUGUUCCAGAGUGGGAGGGUUCUGUGUUUUACUCAGUGCAGUUGUCCAGUGAUUCUGCUUUGUUUCUUGGGUCUGAAUCAGCAGGCUCACCAGGAUUGAGGGGUGGCGUAUAAUUGGCUGAAGCGUUGCGCUGGGAAAGAGGCGGCUGCUCAGAUCAGAUGAGCACCCGCAGUCUGCCUGAAUCAGCUGCGUACAUACUGCAGUCCUCCAGCGCGGCGGCUGCACGGCUCAGGUGGGGGACCGCAGGCUUUUUGAGGGCCCUCCCCCCAUUCGGGCCCUGGGUAGUCAGUCCCACUUUUUCCCCCACUACAACGCCCCUGAAGGUACGACCAGCACAAGCCACCAGACCCCGAUUCGAGCCUGAUCGGUUUCAUCGAUGAUUUUUGGAAACCCCAUUUCCCUCAAGCAGGCAGCCACCGCGAACGAGGCGCUCGGGUCCCUCCCUCCGCUCCUUUCCCAAACUCCUGGCCGCGCGGAAAAAAACCUGAGGCGUGAGGCUGGCCAGCUGACAUCAGCCCCCGUCCCGGGCUCCCAACGCUGCCACCCAACGUGAGGUGAUGCUGAGCAAGGACAUUGGAUGGGACUCUAGUUCCCAGAAUCCAUUGCACUAACGAUAGUCACAGAUUGUGUAGACUCCUCAGAUAACUCCUGAUUCAGAGGUAGACUGCAUCUGUAAUCUACGCACUUUGGUGAUGAUGAUGAUGAGGAUUCCAAGGAAGAAGAAGCAGACCGCAGGAGGCAGAGGAGGUCUUGGUUUGACACAGCCCCGGCCAAUCACAGCCUGCGUUAGGGGCGGCGGCUAGCGAGAGCUGGGAUGGCGGCCAUGCCGUUCGUCAGCGAGGGGAAGUGUGUCAGCGUGGAGUGGGACUUCCUGCAGGGACUGCUGGCCAAACCACCGACCCUGCCCUGCCUGCAGAACCUGAGGAAGGAGAAGUCUCGGAAUGCGGCUCGGUCGCGACGCGGGAAGGAGAACUUUGAGUUCUUUGAGCUGGCCAAGAUGCUGCCCCUGCCGGGCGCCAUCACCAGCCAGCUGGACAAGGCCUCCGUCAUCCGCCUCACCAUCAGCUACCUGCACAUGCGCCACUUCGCCAGCCAGGGAGACCCGCCAUGGGGACCCCUGCUGGAGGGAGGACCCAACUGCAACAAGGCGUUGCGGCGGACCUCCCAGUCUCUGGCGUCCGACAUGUUCGAGCAGCACCUGGGCGCGCACCUGCUGCAGUCGCUGGAUGGGUUCGUGUUUGUGGUUAGUCACGAGGGACGUUUUCUCUACAUCUCUGAGACGGUCUCCAUCUACCUGGGCCUUUCACAGGUGGAGCUGACGGGCAGCAGCGUGUUUGACUACAUCCACCCAGCGGACCACGUGGAGAUGGCCGAGCGGCUCGGGAUCAGGCCACACCUCCGGGCCGAAGCCGGCUGCCAUCCGGCCAACGAGAGCGCCUCCAGCUCCGCGUCUACCUCUUCAUUGGCUGAGACCCCAGAACCAGCCCCUUCCAGCCCUCUGUCCCCUGAGGAUGAGUCCCCUGACAGAGGAUUCUUCAUCCGCAUGAAGUCCACCCUGACCAAGCGAGGCCUGCACGUUAAGUCCUCUGGGUACAAGGUGAUCCAUGUGACUGGGAGGAUCCGCUGUAGACCCGCCCUCAUGCCUGGCCCCGCCCGCUCGCUCCAGCGGCCCCUGGGAUUGGUGGCUCUGGCGCACACGCUCCCGCCCUCCACCCUCAACGAGGUGCGGAUGGAGAGCCAAAUGUUUGUGUUUCGCGUGAACAUGGACCUGCAGGUCACCUACUGCGAGAACAGGAUCUCGGAGUACAUGGACCUGAGUCCUGCUGAGGUGGUGGGCCACACCUGUUACCACUUCAUCCACGUGGAGGAUGUGGAGAACGUCCGGCAGAGCCACGAAGACCUUCUGCGGAAGGGUCAGGUGGUCACAGGGUACUACCGCUGGCUGCAGCGACGUGGGGGCUUCCUGUGGGUGCAGUCCUGCGCCACCGUCUCCAUCAACCACAAGGCGCCCCACGAGCGCAACGUCAUCUGGGUCAACUACGUGCUCAGCCGGACGGAGUUGCCGGACACCCCCUUGGACUUGCUCCAGCUGCCGGAGAGCCUGCGGAACGAGCGGGUGCGAGCGACCCCGCCGCCACGGGACGUCCCGUCCCAGACCCAGGGGGCCUCUGUGUCGCGGCCGCUAAAAUGCUUGAGCGGGAGGAGCGCGCCGGGGUCAAAGGUGAGGGAGCCCUUCCCCCACCCCUCAGACAGCCAAUCAGAGGAGAGCAGGAAGAGGAUGUGGCGGUCCCGCGCGGAAGACGGACCCCAGGAGGCGCGGAGGCUGAGGGAGGAGCUGCGGGAGGCGAGGGACGAGAGCCCGUCCGCCUCGUCUGACGCGGGGAGCGACAGCGAGGGGGAGAGGCGGGGGGGGAGGGGCGACGGGGAGCGCAGCGCCCGCAGAAAGCGGGUGAAGUGCGAGGAGGGGCUGGGGAGCCGGGGGGGCGAGGCCGCGCGGGGAGCGGGCGGAAGGAUCCAGAACGGCCGAGCCGUGAUCCAGCACCCGAAGGGCGCGGCCGCCCCAGCACCCCCCAGCAUUAAGACUGAGCAGGACUUCAGCGCCUCUGCGUCAGCCAGCGGGGGGCCGCGGUGGGGGCACCCGCACCCCUCCCUGCGCGGCCCGCCCGGGACCCCGAACGGCGACAGCCCCCCCGACUCCACCCUCACCCCGCCGGGAAGCGAGGCCCCGCCCAAGGGCCUGUUUUCGCCCGCCUCCCCGGGCCUGUCCCCGCCCAUGUCGGCCUCCCCGCUGGGCCGGGAGGAGCGGUGCCUCCCCGGGGGGCGGGGCCCGGACUUUGAGCUGCUGCAGAGGCUGGCGGCCGGGGGCGCGGCCGGACGGGUGCUCUUCCACCCCCUGGCGCUCGGCCCCCAGGGGCCCCAGAGCCUGUACGCCCCCAGCACCAUCCGCUACGCCCCCGCCGAGCUGGCCCCCGCCCACGCCAUGUCCGAGGGACUCCCCCCGGAGCACCCCAAGCCGCCGCCCCCGCCCGCCUUCUUCCCCCACCUGCAGAGGAUCGCCGCCCUGCCCCCCUUCAGCGGGUUCUCCGCCUCUGACCCCCCCUUCCCCCCCGGACUGCCUUUCUGUGUGAACGGCCUGAGAGGGGCUGCUGGGACAGAGGAGGACUGAGAGAGAGAGAGAGAGAGGGAGAGACAGAAAGAGAGGGAUAUAGAGAGUGAGAUGAAGAGAGUGAGGUAGAAGUGGAAGAGGAGGUGGAUAGAUAGAGGGAAUGAAGAAAUAGGGAAAGACAGAGAGAUGGAGAGAUAGAGGGAGAGUGAAAAGGGAAGGAGGGGUAAAAGGGAAGGGAUGAGAGAGAUGGAGAGAGGGAGUGUGGAGAGGAGCGGUGAGAAGCAGGAGCAGGCUCAACCCCACCAUGAUUCACGCGGCCUGAGCGACAGUCCUCCGCCAUGCUAAGCAUUGUGGGAAGGGCCCCCAGCCCGCCUCCUCCAGGCCGAUCAUUCCACUGCCAUCCGGGACAGCGACCGCGUUCACAUCCCCGUCACCCCUGACAUUUGCGAAAAGCCAUAAUGUACAUACUGUGAAUGUCACGAACACGCACCCGUAACCAAAAGCGGCUCUGGGCGGGGCGAGGGGGGGGGUUGUCCCGGACUGAGAGUACGCCCACGUUUAGGGGCGGGGUCAAAGAGAGGUGUCCAGCGAAAGAAUCUGAGACUCUAAUGCCAAUACCACAAAGACUGAGGGGAUGGAGAAACACUUCUCUCACCGCGGGGACCAGUGAUGAAACUCUUAAGCACACUGAUAUCACCUAUUUUCAGUUCUCCUCCUUCAAAGUGUUUCUAUUGGUUGUCGAGCAGGUCACAUGUGGGUGGGGCCGGGGAACGGUGCGUUCGAGCUAAGAGGGAAUCCUUCCUUGUAAAGUCACACUUUGAGUUUUUAUAGCACCUGGAGCUUAUAGAGCACCUUCACGUGAGGGCCUCGUGUGGCUUCUGAUGGCGGGACCUCAUCCUGCCUAAAACAUGUCCGCCCCUUACUUCCUGUUAGCCGCUGAGGCUCUUCGAUUCCGGGGCGGCAGGGCAUCGAUGGGGGCGGCAGUAUGGGCGGCCUGGCUCGGCGAAGCCAUCGGAGAGAAGAAAGAAAACUUCCUUUUUGUUUUGUAUUUGUACUUCUGAACUUACCUCCUGGACACUGAGCUCACGAAAGAAAUAUGGAUGAAGAUGCACAGGACAGGAUCAUGAUCAUGAAAGAUAUUUCAGCCAUAUUUCUCAAACUACCUUGCUGUCACCAGGUGGAA